AUGUUGGUUGCUCGUGGGGAUGCCGAGGCGGUGGCCGAGCCUUUCAUCACCCUCUCAUCUGCAUCAUCAGCAUCAUCAUCAUCAUCUGCAGAAGGAGAUGGCAACACGACAGAGUCUCCAAAUACAAAUCCUUCGGAUUCAUUAGAUGAAGCAACCCCGCUUUCUGGCCCAUUGUCUAUGACGCACGACACAAGGCGAGCGGAUUAUCAUAUGAAAGAUCUGGAGGCUUUUGCGAGAGAUUUGCAGAAUGCUGCUGACCGGGCGUUCCCGAAUGAGGGGAGGGCCAAGGCGAGAUAUAACAAUGUCUCUGUACUCUUGCUGAGAUGGGAGGAUGAUAAGAUGAAUGUUGAAUGGGAACUGGACGAUCUCCAGAAAGUAUUCCGGGAUUACGGAUUCAAUACAGACAGAUGGUUGAUUCCAUCCAAGAACUCUCAUCUCAAGCUCAUGAGCAAAGUCGUCGACGUCGUCGAGGAAAAUGAUGGAAGUGGAAACUUGGUUAUCGUGUAUUACGCCGGUCAUGCUGGCAUCAAUUCCAGCCGAGGGGCAACGUGGACAUGUAAACAAGAUCCCGCAUACGCUUCACUUGAAUGGUCAGCUAUUCAGACCCUGUUCGAGAAAGCCGAUUUCGACGUUCUUCUGCUUUUAGACUGCUGUGCAGCAGCGAGUGCAGCACCCGCUGUAGGUUCGGCCGUCACUGAAACCAUUGCUGCUUGUGGAUUCGAAAGUAUCGCUCCUUUGCCUGGUCGUUACUCUUUCACGAAUGCAUUGAUAGAAGUAUUAGAAGAUUGGAUUGACAGUCCACCCUUUUCGGCUGCUAUGCUCCACAAUAAAGUUCUCUCGAUUUUGAAGCACGAAAGACCAGAGCGGAUGCAGAACGGGAAAAGGAGGAAAUUGGAGUGUAGAAGAACACCAAUUCAUAUUGUUGCUACCUCUGAUCCGACGUUACCCAGUAUCGAGCUCGGAAGGAGGAUGACAAGGAGAGUUGGGAUGUCUGGGGCCAGUUCAUCGACGCCCUCAUCAAGUGCCCAAUGUCCGGCUGGACAGUCUGGCUCGUCAUGUACAUCUCACACUCCUCCAUCGAGAGAGCAAGGAUACCAACAAGAACUGGUGAACCAUAUCCAAGGCGACGAGUACGAAGUCCCACGAGUCAUCAUCUCGCUAGCACUAGAGAAACACCAAAAUCUCAGCUCAGAAUCUUGUCAGAAGUGGCUAGCCUCUUGCCCGACACUGGUCAAAUACGCCAAAGUUGAAGCUGUAUACAAUAGCUUUUCAGCUCUGGUACUACUAUCGAUUCCUGUGUUUAUAUGGAAUCUCCUUCCCGAGAAUGCAGCUUGUUCAUUCGUUGGCUACGUUACUUCAACGAAUUUCCUGGGACUGGGUCGUGGGUCUGGUUCACCUGCAAAGGAGGUCGCGGCAUCUUCUCAGCAGAGAACAGCUUCGACGCAAGCAGAUACGCCAAAGGAGCCUCCAAGGGCUUGCGAUCGGUGUUAUGAGAAUAAUAUUCAUUGUGACGGAGAUUUCAAUCGCUGCAGGAUGUGUGAAAAUACUGGGUCGGAGUGUGUUUACAGGACCACAUGGCGAAGAGAUGGCCCAGCAGAAGCUUAUGUCGAUAGUUUGCGCAGACAACUAUAUGAAGCGCAACGUGUCCUCAAGGAAGAAAAGUCACGAUCCAAACAUUCUUCGAGUAGUCCUAUCACCUUACCCAGUUUCCAAAGCUUGGAUCAGACUGACAGAGCGGGUGCUGUUGCCUACGAUAAGUCCUUGUUACACAGGUUUGAUGGUCAUCAACGGAGUCGGUCAAAUCCCUACGCUGAGCCGAACUUACCUCUUCGCGAGACAAGCUUACGAUAUCUGCCCUAUCCCGAUCCGAGCUUGCGGAGCACUCUUUCGCCUGUUCCAAACAACCAUGAGCAGCCUUUCAGUGAAACUUCGGAGAAGGGUUCCGCUGCUCAAGAGCAAAUGAACGAGUUCAUGAGACAGCAGAUGUUGAAGCGAGAUGCAAUGUCUCAGGAAACAACAUCUGUACCUCUGACAUUACCACCUCCUCGUAUUCCAUUGACAGACGAUGAAAAAUCAUGGAUUGAUAAGAAACUUGCCUGGAUAGCUCCCAAGUCCGAGUACGGAGAGGCAUCAAGAAGUCCUUCGCUACCAGAUCACAAGACCAUUGUCAAAACAGAGCCAACUUCACAUGAUUCCAAAGAAUGGUACGGUCCGCCAGAGAAAAAGAUGAAAAUGUCUUCCAUGAUUGAGCCACGCCACAUAGGUUCGACAAGCAGUGCAACGGACAUUGGCAAGGUAGCGGGAAAGGUAGAGAUACUAGGGAGGAAGAAGCCUCACACGACUGGUACGAAAUUCUUCAAUCGCGACAGACACAGCUACGAACCAAAACCUCGACCUAUGACCGGUGAUGAAGUACUUAUAGCAUACAUGGGUAAUAGCCAGGCAGAGGAUGAAAGAGAGAAGGAGAAAAUGAAAGGAACUUCGUCAAAAUUUGAUCCUACGACAAGCACACAGCACAGUUCAGACAGAACAACCAAUGCCCCGCCCGCACAGGUUAUCACCACCUACAGCUUCCGCCGGACGCCCGAGCAGACACUCCGCCAAAGUCCACCGCCUACAAAGCCUCACACCCAGUCACAACCCCAACCUCAUUCCCAGCCGGACCACCCAAGUCCUUCAGCAGGCCCAUCGCGAGCCGCACCACCAGAUCAAGACUGGACGUACAUCACGGAUAUAGCCGAGCGGCGACGGAUCCAGAAUCGUAUUGCGCAGAGGAAUUACCGAAAACGCAUGAAGCGACGCCUCGAAGACCUCGAGGAUCGAGCCGGUGCCGCUGCGUCAUCCCAGUCUCAGUCGCAAUCCCAGCCAUCAUCCUCUGCCCCUCCACCAGUAUCAGCAGCCGCUGCUCCUGAGUCUGCAUCCCAGUAUCCACCAUACACGCAUUCGUAUGACGAAAUUCGAGGUCCAUCGAAACUUGGAGACAGUGGUGUUGGUAUUGCGAGGGAUUUACAACCUUUGAGAUCUGGAGUGGGAGAUACAAUGGGGAGGUAUAUGCCUGAAGGUGGACCUGGACCCGGACCUGGGUCUGCACCUGGGGACGGGAGGUCUGGAAUGAAGGGGGAUGUAUCUUUGUAG